GUUUUUUAUUUUUUUAAGGUAAUAUGUUUAAUCAUUCAGUAAAAGUGCCCCGUUUAUAUAAAAUCGCUGCUAAAGUCUACCAACAAGUAAAAGAUGGCAAGGCGAGCCUUAAACAACUAGUAUUUGAACAGAAACAUAUAAAUAUAAAGGCCAUUUAUGCUCUGGUCGCUGAAGCCAUCCAAAAGGAAGAUGAAUUGACCAGUCUCUUGAAACGUUCAGCUCUGUUAAGCAAAGAACCUAGACUUGAUCCUUAUUUGACAAGAAUCCUCAUAACUGAACUCCUGUUUGGUAAAAAACGCCUGUCAGGCGAAGCGAAACCUAUUAAAACGAUCCUUGCCUAUGAACAAGUACUUAAGGCACAUGGCACUGACAUUUGCACACCAAAACAAACUAACACGAAUCAAGUUGGGAAACCAAGAUAUGUGAGGGUGAACACUUUAUCUUGUUCUGUAAAUGAAGCCAUUGAAAAUUUUUGUGAAGAAGGGUGGUCAUUUACUAAGUUCCUAGAUAAAAAAAAUUACCAGGGUUUUUUGGAAAAAGUUUUAGAGUUGCAGGAAAAUGAAUUUAUGCCAGAUAUUCACAUUCCUGAUUUAUUAAUUUUUCCAUGUAAAACACAGUUUUAUAGACAUCCUGCUUAUAAGAAUGGAUCUAUUAUUCUUCAAGAUAAGGCGAGUUGUCUUCCAGUCCAUCUCUUGAAUCCACCUCCGGGAAGCGUUGUUUUGGACAUGUGCUCUGCACCCGGUAUGAAAACCACACAAAUCGCAUCCGUUUUAAACGAUCAAGGAACCGUAUACGCUUGCGAAAUGGACCAAAAACGCUUCCAAACGUUGGAACAAAUCGUUGCUUCAUCAAAAUCUACUUGUAUCAAGUGCUUUAAUAAAGACAUCUUGCAGUGCGACGAUAAAACUUUUCCCGAUGUUGAGUAUAUCUUGGUCGAUCCCAGUUGUUCCGGUUCCGGUAUCACAGACAGACUGGAAGUGGAGGAGAGACAGAAUCAGAUGCGACUUUCCAAACUUGCAGGUUUUCAAAUCAAAAUUCUUAGAACCGCCCUCACGAGGUAUCCAAAAGUGAAACGGGUGGUGUAUUCGACGUGUUCAAUAUACCCGGAAGAAAAUGAAGACGUGGUGCGCCAAGUUCUGGAAACCAAUAACAGUUUCAAGUUGGUGCCAGCGGCGCAGUUCUUGAACAACGCCUGGUUUAAUUUCGGUUCGGAGGAGUACGGAUUGAUGGGGAGUUAUUGCAUCUAUGCCAAGCCUGAGCAAGAUCUGACGAACGGGUUCUUUGUAGCCGUGUUUGAAAGACUUGAAGAAGGCGAAGAGAAUGAGUUCUUUAAUAGAAAAGUGUACAAUUAUAAGAAGCACGAACAGGACAGAAAGAAGAGGCGUGAUUAUUAUGAUGGAGACCAACAAGAAGAGAACUCAAAUGACAAUAAUUGGAAUAAUAGGGAACAGUUUCAAGAUUCGAAUAAUGGAAAUACAACUGAUUUUUCCAUAAACAAUAAAGAACUGACUGUUUCUGAAGAACGUCCCGAAUCUAAAGAAACAAAGAAGUCUAAGAAAAAUAGGUCUGAGAGUUCAAUAGAAAAUGAAGUAGUAUCUGAAGAUUCAAAAAAGAAAAAUUCUCAAGAAGAGACAGAAGAAAUUCCAACUGGGAAAAACUCAAAAAAGAAGAAAAAGAAGAAACAUACAGAAGAAAAUGAGGAGAUAAAAGACAGUAAUAAUUCUGAAGAACAUUUAGAUACACCAAAAAAGAAGAAAAAGAAGAAGCAUUCAGAGGAAGUUCACGAAACUGAGAUAGUUUGUGAAGAACCCAAAAAGAAGAAAAAGAAAUCAAAGAACAAAACUGAAUUAGAAGAAAAUAUUGAUAAUGAGAAUGAAGUUGAAAAGUCAGCAAAAAAGAAAAAGAAACACCAAGAAAAUGACAUUACUAUAAAUGAGGAUAGUAAGAAAAAGAAGAAAAGGAAGAAUAGUGAAGUCGUGACGGAACUUGAGGCUGAUUCAGAAGAAACUCUUAAAAAAAAGAAAAAUAAACAUAAGGAUGCAAAUAAGGAAAAUGACGUUACUAUAAAUGAGGAUAGUAAGAAAAAGAAGGAAAGGAAGCACAAUGAAAACGUGACAGAAUAAAAACACAAAAAUUGCAUUACAUUUGUCUUUGUUUUUAUUUUUAUUAAUAAAUUUGUUUCACUGCA